AUGUUGUUUCUUCCAGCGCUGUCUGAUGAACUCAGACUGGUAGCAGGAAGGAGUCGCUGUGUUGGCAGACUGGAGAAGAAGGAUCUGGGAGACUGGGAACCAGUGAAAGAUUGGAACUGGAACUUUACAUCAGCAGCUGGAGCUUGCAGACAGCUCCGCUGUGGAUCUGUGGUGUCGUUACAAAGAGAUGAGGACGACAAUGUAGAGAUCAUCUGUUCAGACUCAGUCAGGCUGGUUCAAGGGACCAACCGGUGCUCAGGCAGGCUGGAGGUGAAGACCAACCAGUCGUGGUCCUCAGUGUGUGAAAAAGACUUUGACCUGCAGGAUGCAGAGGUGGUCUGCAGGGAGAUUGGCUGUGGGCCUCCUUCAGUCCACCAGGGGGCGCUCUAUGGAGAAGCAGAGGCUCCAGUGGGGAGCAGAGAGUUCCUGUGUGAAGGCAGUGAGCCUGCUCUGCUGAAGUGCAGCAGCAGGAAGAGUUCAGGUAGAAACAGCUGCUCACCUGGUCAAGCUGUUGGACUCACCUGUUCAGAUCAAGACAACAUCAGGUUGGUGGGAGAGGCCAGCCGAUGUGCCGGGAGACUGGAGAUGUUACAUCAAGAAGAGUGGAGACCAGUGGAUGUUAUGGAUGGUUACUGGGCCAUGAACUUAGCUGCUGCAGUUUGUGCUGAACUGGACUGUGGUUCUGCUGUUUCAGUAAGAAAUUCAAAGGAAACGUCAAAGAGACCAGUUUGGGAGAUCCAGUCUGACUGUUUCCAGUCAGGAUCUGCAUUAAAAAACUGUUUACCUUAUGGUAGACACAGUGAUCAGAGCCAUGAGUUCAUCUGCUCAGACUCAGUCAGGCUGGUUCAAGGGACCAACCGGUGCUCAGGCAGACUGGAGGUGAAGACCAACCAGUCGUGGUCCUCAGUGUGUGAAAAAGACUUUGACCUGCAGGAUGCAGAGGUGGUCUGCAGGGAGAUUGGCUGUGGGCCUCCUUCAGUCCACCAGGGGGCGCUCUAUGGAGAAGCAGAGGCUCCAGUGGGGAGCAGAGAGUUCCUGUGUGAAGGCAGUGAGUCUGCUCUGCUGAACUGCAGCAGCAGGAAGAGUUCAGGUAGAAACAGCUGCUCACCUGGUCAAGCUGUUGGACUCACCUGUUCAGAUCAAGAAAACUUCAGGUUGGUGGGAGAGGCCAGCCGAUGUGCCGGGAGACUGGAGAUGUUACAUCAAAAAGAGUGGAGACCAGUGGAUGUUUGGUAUCGUUACUGGGACAUGAACUCAGCUGCUGCAGUUUGUGCUGAACUGGACUGUGGUUCUGCUGUUUCAGCAAGAAAGUCAAAGGAAGCUUCAGAGAGACCAGUUUGGGGGAUCUGGUCUUACUGUUUGCAGUCAGGAUCUGAAUUAAAGAACUGUUUACCUUAUGAUGGAAACAGUGAUCAGAGCCUUGAGAUCAUCUGCUCAGGUCUGCUGGUUGAGCCGCUCAUCUUCCUGUCUUCCUCCACUGACGGGGUCUCCACAGGCAGAAAGCAGGGGUCUGAGCUCCUCAUUGGCUCAAAUUUCAGCAUCAUCUGCUCCAUCAGACCUCAGUAUGAAGGCGGCUCCUUCCAGCUCAUCUUCAGCACCUCUAACUACACUCAGAACCAGACCCUGCCAGCUGUUAAUCACUCCGCCCUCUUCCUGUUCUCUGCUGCUGGCCACGCCCACCAAGGAACCUACCGCUGCGUUUACCACGUCUACGUUUUCUUCUAUAACUUCUCCUCUAUCAGCCAGCCUCUCAACCUCACUGUCUCAGGUAAACUCAUGGAGUCCAUGAGGAAAAGUUCUGCUUCAGUUUCAGCCUUUCUCACUGCUUUGAUCAUCAGACUGGUUGUCGUCCUGCUGGGAAUGCUGGGACCAGUCCUGGUCCUCUACUUUAAGGCCAGGAGAAACCAGAAGUCUGGACCAGAAAACAACCAUCAUGAUGAAGGAUCCAGAGCUGAAGGCAGCUUAGAGGAGGAGACUGCAGUCUGAAGGAACCAGGAGAAAAUGAUCUUCAUUUCACAUCCGCAGGAAGGAGCAGAGACAUGUUUCAGACUCCUGGAAAUCUAUCCGUCUAUGUAUCUAUGAUAAAAUGUCUCUGUGCUCCUGCAGCAGGAAGGAAGUUCAACAUUCAGAAAUUUGUAUCUGGACUAAACCUACUUAAGUUAAACUUAUAUAAGAAGGGAACACAA